GUGGUUGUGCGCGUGUUGAGCUUUGUCAUUUGUUUGAGCGCAAGGUGAAACUCUCGCAGGAUGUUCUACUUCCACUGUCCUCCGCAAUUAGAUGCUGAGUGCUGUCGUUCCAACACACUGAAUUCAAGUACUUUUGCCAACCACACCCCAGCCGACUUUGACGAUGGCUUCCUCCGGAGGAAACAGCGAAGGAACAGGACUACGUUCACUUUGCAACAGCUAGAAGCCUUGGAGGCGGUCUUCGCACAGACUCACUACCCGGACGUGUUCACACGCGAAGAGCUGGCCAUGAAGAUCAACCUGACUGAAGCCAGGGUGCAGGUUUGGUUUCAGAAUCGCAGAGCUAAGUGGAGGAAAACGGAGCGAGGCAGCACAGACUCGGAAGGAGGCAAAGAGCAGAUGAGCGAGGGAGCUCCACCGACGCGCAGCCUCAACUCUCAGUCGCCUGUAGAGCCGAGCCGGAAACACAAAGAACCACUGGACAUGCAGCAAAGUAUGAACCGGCCGGUGGGUCCAGGCGGUCCCUUCUUUCCAUCGUGUUUACCAGGGACCCUCCUCAACUCUGCCACCUAUGCUCAGGCCCUCUCUCAGGUGGCCACUUUGAAAGGUAAUGCUUUGUGUUCCUGCUGCGUUUCGGACCCCAUGGGCUUGUCCUUCCUGCCUCCCUACGGUUGCCAGGGUAACCGCACAGCCAGCGUGGCCGCCCUACGGAUGAAGGCCCGUGAGCACUCCGAGGCCGUGCUGCAGUCGGCCAACCUUCUUGGCGCCGCCGCCGCAUCGUCAGGGCACGGAAGCUUGUCCGCUAGGCCCCCGGCUCAGGCGGAAGUAAGCGGAACGAGAGGUGGGGACGCCUCUAGCCCCAACCUGACCUCUAAGGUGAUGGGGGGCACCUCUGACAAGCACCCUCACUGCUCCAACAAGGAACCGGUAGAGAAGAAGUGAGCAUGCGGACACUUAAGGGACACUUAGUGUUCUUCUAAGCACAACUACUGAGCGGGCACGAUGUCUAUUUAUUUUACUAGUUUGAAUUAUUAUUACUGUUUGUGACAAACAUAUGAGAUCUUGUUGACCUCAAAAAAGCACACAUUUGGAGUCAUUUUUCUGCCUUUUUUUAGUGGACUAAUGCAGUUAAGUCCUAUAUGAUAAAAGCACUGGACAGAAUUUGAAUUAAGGUGAAAUUUUAUGUGUUUUACUGGCUGGAAAUGACAUAGAAAGUAGCAGAAGAUUUGUUGCUUUGAUUUCUUGUGUGUGUGUGUGUGUGUGUGUACAUUUGUCACAAAAAGAUGCAAACUGCAAAAAGCCUUCGACGAUA